UUCAAUUCUAGAUGGAACCGACAACGGGUUGGUAAAGGCAAGGAGAGCUCGGUGCGCAACAUUUUGUUACCUCACGGGAGUUUGCGCAUACAGGAAGGUUUACUGGAAGGAAGCAAGAGUAGCUCAAUAGGGAGACUGAGGUUAUGCAGGGAAAGUAUGUAAUACAGAGAGAUUUACCAGGCAUGGGGACUGGAUGAUUUGAUUAGCACUACUGGGAUGCGAACAAGCUGAGCGAUUGACUGUUUUGCUUGCUCAUCAUAACUGAACCAAACCGGAACUGCCUUAAAACCAUUUCUCCUGGUGUCAUUUCCUCACAAACGGAGCCUUUUUAUGCUUAACGGUUUGUCACAGAGGAGCAGAGAGUCUUGGACCUCAGCCCAUCCCUAAACCAGCCAUACCCUUCCCAUGUCUCAGAAACGGUAAACAGGAGGCAUAACAAAAAGUAAAAUCGGUCCAUGUAAAACUGAAGGAAGAAUCCAGAUGACACAAUGAUUGGAUUAACUCCCUCUACACCUACUUUCUCUUUUGGCCCAGUUUCAAACUCAACUUCUUCGUCAGGCCGUCCAUCUCCAGCUGUUGGUAUUACCCUGCUGGUGGUUGCCUUGGUAGUGGGUCUACCUGGGAACCUGUUUGUGGUUUGGACUGUCUUGUUUCGCCUGCGCCGGCGAUCCAUCACCGCCUUGAUAAUCCUUCAGCUGGCCGCGGCUGACUGCCUGGUGCUGCUGACUGCGCCCUUCUUUCUGCGGCAGCUGUCGGCCGGUGGGGUUUGGGAAUUCGGGGACACUGCCUGCCGUAUGCUACACUAUGGAUGCGGCGUCAACAUGUACGUCAGCGUCUACCUGAUCACCCUGAUGGCCGGUGACCGCCUUCUGGGCGUCUCCCGGCCCUUCGUGUCUCAGCGCGUCCGCACCAAGUCUCGCCUCAGGCCAGCAAUCGGAGCUAUCUGGACACUGGCCUUGGUGCUGUCCAUUCCAGUGGCUGUGUACAAGCACGUGGAUCCAAAGAGUUACUGUAAGCCUAAUUACCCCAGUGCAGGACAUGAGGUGUUCCACUACGGCCUGGAGCUGGUGGCGGCCUUCGUCUUGCCAUUCAUCAUGCUGGCUCUCUGCUACUGCAGAAUCUCCCGCACCCUGGAGGCUGCCCAGUUCCGCUGGCGCCGCCGCUCCCGCCGCAAGACUGGACGCCUCAUUGUGCUCAUCAUGGCCAGCUUCAUCCUACUCUGGGUGCCCUACCAUCUGGUCAACCUGCUGCAGACAAGCGCAAUCCUGGCCGGCGAGAAAGGGGUGAAGCUGCUAGAUAUAUGCAAGACUAUCCGGCCCAUGGUCAUCGCCCUGGCCUUCCUCAGUAGCUCCAUAAAUCCUCUGCUAUACGCCUGCACCGGCUCCACCUUGUCUGGUACCUCGGGACUCGGUUGCAUCGCCCGCUUGUUGGAGGGAACUUCCUCAGAAACUCAAAGCAGGAGGGGGGACAGCCAAGGGGACAGGGGGGGGAAUGCUGGCGAACAGAAUGGGGAAUCUCUGAGAAUGGGGCACAAUUCAGGAAAGGAGAAAAACGAUCAAAAGGAGUAAGUCACUGAAGAACUGAGCACUGGGUUGGUUCUACUGGAAUAUGCAACAACACCGUUGAGAAACUAAAAAAAAAAAAGUAACAUAUGAAGACUGUAAUGCUUGAAUGCAGCAGCAGAAAUAAC